GUAUGACUGCGAUGGGAACAGAAGCAAAUCUUGUAGUAAAGGUAAGACCAAGAAAUCCAAGUCUGCUCCGGUGGCCUUGGUGUGUGACACAGGCGGUCAAGUUCACCAGGUCAGCGUGACCAAAAAAGACAAACUGUCACACAGUCAGAAGCUAACUGUGACUGAGUUCAACUAUCAAAAAAGUCCCGGUGUCCCACAACAGUCUCAUAGCUGCAAUGACAUGUCAGCAUUGUCAAUGCUUAACUCACCUGAUGUCAGCGAUCCAACCUUAGCCGUUCCUCUGACCACGCACCCUGGCUGCUC